AUGUCGAGUUUUCGCUUCGAUGGCCAACGCCUAGAUGACAAGCUUGUCACGUCGAUUUCUCUCCUCACGGCGGCUGGUAUCCCCAAUGUGCUUUGGGGCAACUACCUAUUAACUAUUUACGGAGUGCCCACGGUUGUUGAGGGUGUGGCCUUUGUUGUGCCCGAUGCACUGGUCGAUCGCUCAUUUUCCACACUUCGCGGCGCUGGCUUUCAUCUAUGCCCAGAAAACUUAGAUUGCGUAUACUCAAAUGGACGACGAUACCUUCGAGCUACCACUCACCUACAUAUCGCUGAUAACCUUGCCAUACCACUGUACCGCAAAUCCGAUGUGCUUUGGGAUCUCCCAGAUUUUGAACUUGCUUCCAAAGACAACUAUCCACACAUUAUCUCCGCGUCAGACACACGGCUUCCGCUAGCAAGUCUUGGCCGCGGUAGAGGGCGUUUCCUACCUGAACUCAAAUCUACUCGAAUCCCAAGCGCGACGAAAUACUGUGAAGCUAUUAUCCUUCUACUUUGUCGAGACCAUGACACUCUUUAUACGGGAUAUUGGAUGUCAAUUUUGACUUAUAUUCUAGAAUUUGUUGACGGAACGGACAUGUUCGACGAACAAUAUCUAGGGGAGAGCUACCAGAAGUUUUAUCACGCGUUGAAAAAUGGAGACUCCAAUACGUUUGGGCUAUUGGAUGAGCUACGUCAUGAACUAAUAAAGAAGCGACUCCUACCAAUACAGGAAGAUUGA